AUGGGAAAUAUCUAGGAAUAUAAUUAUUAUACAGUGGAGAUAUUGUCCUAAAAGAUAUAGGUAAUGCUAUACAUGCUGCUAAUAUCCAAACAAACAGUAUAGUUUUUCGAUUGGACUCCAACAGGAAUGAAAAUAAUUGUAAAUUCCUAACCACCCCCUCCAAUAUUGACAGAAGAUGAUUUAGCUAAAGUAACAAAAGCAGUUUGCAUGAAUUCCAAUUUAUCUGCGAUAUCAGAAGUGUAUUCUAAUUUGAAUCAUAAAUUCGAUUUAAUGUUUGCUAAAAAAGCAUUUGUGCAUCGGUAUAUAAGUGAAGGUAUGGAAGAAGGUGAAUUUUAAGAAGCCUGA